GGCCCCAGAACCGCUCCGAACGUUGCCGGGUUCGCUAAGAGUCGGCGUGCAGUGCGUGACCUUGAUCGACACUCAGUUCCGCUAAGAAUUUACGUUCCUUUGCGAAGCUCUACGUUUCUUCCCCGAAGAAGCUGCAAGAUGAAAGUCGUCUUCGGAGUCGCCCUCGCCGUCGUCUUCCUGGCCGCGACGGCGCACGCUUUUCCAGCCCAAGGCCAAUUGUACGGAGACAACGUAGGAAAAAAUGUCGACACGCUCCUUGUCUUACCCGAAGGAUCUUUGGGGUCUGGAUUGGAAGAUGACUCGGAGGAAUUCCCCUACUUCUUCAACUCGUUCAGGCCGCCUUCCUUCCUUGAUUUCUUCAGCGGCAUGCAAGAGGCCUUGCUGAGACUCCGCGCACAGAUGGCUGAUAUGCUGUCGAAGGUUCCGCAUGGAGGCUUCAUCGGUACUCCUGGUGAACUUCCCGAAGGUGCAAACACCACAUCGACUACCAAGAUCAUCGACGGCCACGUGGUCACGAUCAACCAGACGACAUACUCCACCGGCGACGACCUGAAUGGUUCGGUAAUCCGAGUCAGAGUAAUCGACAUAAAACCACAACAAAACGGAACGGUAAGACCCGACACCGAUUCCGAUGUGGAGGCCGUUCCUGGAACCGACUCGCCGAAGACGACGACUGUCUCCAGUGACAAGAGCCCCGAAACUCUGGAAGACGACUCCGACAACGCCAUUCCGAAUCCUGACGAGAUCACCGCUUAGGAAGGAGUCCGUUUGCGGAAACUCGAGUCCUAGGUCUCUGCGAGCCACUUUUCCCGAGUUAUCGAACUAAAUCGAACCGCUAAAGGAUGCGGCACGUUCCCCUCGACUUUUACACAUUUUUUAUAGCAAGCGAAACCUCCCUAGUAGCACGGAAUAAUUUAUCAAUAUUUUCCUGUAAUCUUUGCCAAAUAUCUCCAUCGACGGAUCUUCUUUCAAGAUGCCUCGUAGAUUUUAUUCCAAGAUAUCUGAAAUAUUUGUUGAGAAUCCCAAUGACAUGUUUGGUUUUAAUAAUCUAUAAACAUGUAAUGAAAGUACAUUUUCCACCUUACGAUUGUUAUCGGACACUUUGGUAUUAAAAAAAAACACAAAUGUUUGCAAUAUUUUCGUUCGGCUAUUUCAUUAUGGUAGCGAAACGUCUGAUUUAGAUUUCACAUAUUUUUAAAACGUUAAUAACAUAUUCGGCAGAUAAUAUUUAAAAAAUACUUAUAUAUUAAAAUGAACCGAGAUAUGUUUUGUAUAUCUAUAAGAAGAAUAUGGCGAAAACACGUGGAGGUAAUAUUAUACAAAUAUAAAAAUAACAUUCUUAAGCAAAUAUUUGGCAAAUAUCUCAAAUGUCUGUUGAAUAUUUAGAAAUCGUACGAUUUUCGUUAAAUAUAUGGAAAAUGUAAGACAAAUAUAUUGUGCUAUUAGGGCUGCUAGAGAAUAUAGAAAAGUCGUCAACGAAUCAAAACGGACGAUCUUAUUUUUGAGAAAUGUUAAUAAAGAUUAAUAUUAAGCGUUAAGAGUUGUUGAAAAUCCCCGUGAGUCCACUGGUAGAGUUCGCGUUAACCCGUUAACCGGGAAAUUAACUUUUGUACAACUUGUUUCACAAUGGGGACUUUAUAGUAAUAUUAUCACACCUUUCGCGAAGAAAAAAGUCGUCAUGCCCAUUUAAGGUGUCUUCCUGGUAUGACGAAAUAUUUCGUCAUAUCCGGUUAACAGGUUAAGUGAAACACACUUGAUGCGGGAAUUAACCACACAUAUGCAUUUGGCGCUGAACUCAGCCAAGAUCAUUGGUUUAUUUUAUUAGCGCGUCUUCCUUUAGCGAUAAAUUUAGCCUGGUGAUUUUAAGCCUGCGUGAAAUCUGCUAGGGGAUUGGUACAAAUACACAAUGCAUAAACUAAAGAAUGUAAUAUUCAUGCCCGGUUCCACCAGCCUCGGUUAAAUCACUGAUUACCUAACCGUAGGUUAAAAUUCACAUCUAAGUUAAUCGUGGGUUAAAAACGUAAAUGUUCCCCCACAUUUAUUUAGAGCGGGAUUAGUUGAUACUCCCAUCGACUAGAAAACAAGAUAGAUGCACCCUUAUCGAGACACGAAGUUAUUUCACAGAUACUAGCCUCAAGAAGUAAAGUUCUUUGGUUAAGAAUUAAUAUAAAAUAUUUUCAAGCGAACUUCGAUCAUGAAGAAAUUGUAAAUAAAAUCAAAAACGUCCACCCGUUUUGUCAUAAGAAGAUGUUAAUAUAUCCUCAGUCUAAUCCAAGUUUUCCUCAUGUUCGUGCAGUUUGUAGGUUAAUCUAAACGGCGGUUAAUGGACGUUAACCUCCGUUAAAAUGUGGGGGAAUGGGCAACUCGUUGUAACCGAGGAUUAGCUUUUUGACCGAGGUUAGUGGAACCGGCCAUCGGAUUCUUUAUUUUUGUAAUAAGACCUAAAAGUUGUACAUUUUGGUUCUUAAUAAAAUGUGUUAUGUACGGA